UGUUUCAAACCAGUACACCAGACAUUCACACUUUACAGCCCCUUGUUUCAAACCAGUACACCAGACAUUCACACUUCACAGACCCUUGUUUCAAAUAGUACACCAGACAGUCACACUUUCCACCCGCUUGUUUCAAACCAGUACACCAGACAGUCACACUUUCGUCAAAUCGGUACAACAUUUCAAAUAUUUCCUAUCUGCAUGUAAUCGUUUCCCAGUUGCGUCCUCGUACUAUAACUAUAACAGUACAGGGCAAAACUAUAUAUGUUACAUAACACCUGGAGAAGAGCAAUCUCUAGUUCUUUGUAUAUAAAAAUAAAUGCACGCCAUCAUAACGCCACACAAUUAGUUCAAGGUUAUACAUGUUCACACAAUGCGUGACUCAGCUGGUCACUUAUAGCAACACUGCAGCGGGCUGUAUACUGCAUAGCCAAGCGACUUAAAUGUCCACUAAGCCUUUCUCACAGAUGAAUAGAACUGACCAAGCGCGCAGCCCCGACAGUCUUCUUUUAGCAUGUUGUUGUGUAGUCUUUUCAGAUGCACGGACAUACCUCUACUCCACUCGAGGAUGUCGACAGCGAUAAGACGCUUCUCAACGAUUACUACAAUGCGUUUCACAUUUCCAAAAGUAAUAGUUCUGGCGGUUGUCAUUCUGGUCGCAUGGUUGUCGUUUGUAUCAUGGGGCGGCCUUGAGAAGUUUCAGAGCGUACCAGACCAUGCUCGUUCAAGAACAGAAGACAAGAGGCAAACACCUCAAGUUGAACAUCAACUCCCCUUGAAAUCUGUGAAGGCAGACACGGAAAUUAUAAAUGAUCCAAACUUGAAAGAUUCAAAUCGUCAUGCAUCGGGAAAGUUCUCGAAGUUAUUCCUCAUUGACAAACAACAAAUCUACAGACUUAAUGAAACCAUCAAUGUGAAGAUAGUGUUAAUGGAUCGCAAGGAAAGACCUAAAACCCGAGGAGGAGAUAUGUUGGUUGUUUGGAUGAAAGACACAGUGAAACAAGCUUCUUCCGCCGGAAGUGUUAUUGACCAUGGCAACGGGACGUAUACUGGCGUUCUGCGCACCAUGUGGACCGGACAAGCUGUAAUCUAUGCAGCUAUAUUGUCAUCGAGAGAAAGGAUGGCUUUUAUAUACAACAAAUUUAGAAGCGGAUAUAUCGGAAAGCAUAUAAGUUGCCUGUUUGAUGUACAUAACUUAACAGAGACAACUGUGGGGUACAUGCAUAAACGGUUUCUUGACAAUAAACCAAUCUGCAAUUUGACUGCCGAAAAUUGGGGUGUUCCGUUCUAUUGUACCAAACCUAAACAACGUGGAUUUGAGUGCCAGCAUUGGACUAGAGUUAACACAGUUCAUUUUGUGCCAAUACCAACAGAGGCUGAUACACGCUGGUAUAGGUCGUGUUCUUUUGAGAAAUUGGUGGACUGGGUCCCAAUACGUAUUUCCUCUGUGAAAGCUGCGACAGUGUCUUCCUCAGCUCCAUGUGGAAGGAAGCAAUUCCGUGACACCUGGACGACACCAUCACCUGUUGGAUUCUUCUACAACUCCACAUGGCGACAACGGGGAUGUUUUAACACCAUAACUACGAAUGACUAUAGCAAAUGCCUGGCCAACAGAUCACUCAGGAUGUAUGGUGACUCGACCGUCAGACAAUGGUUUACAGUCUUGUACAAAAGGUUGAAUCUUACCAUGAGAACUGGACCGUGGUUUAUUGGGCCCAUACCAGUAGCACAGAAGCGUUACUACUACACUGAGGCCUAUGAGAAACAACAUAACUAUACUGUUGUUUGGAUUCCUCAUGGUCUGCCAAUGUCAUUUCAAAAUGCAAACAGGACUGCGAGUCGACCCGUGUUCGUCUAUUUAGAUGAGACACCUGCAGGUUCACGAGACAUUAUCCUUAUUAAUCUUUACGCUCAUUUUAAUCUAUUUCCGGUACACAUGUUUAGGUCUCAAAUGAAACGUACACGGAUUUCAAUACAAAAAUUAUUGAAAAGAUCACCUGAUAUUAAAAUAGCCAUAAAAGGGCCCCACAAUUAUAUACAUCCCAUAACCAACUAUACUCUAGAUGGGCUAUGGGGACCUAUUUAUGAAAACAUCAUCAAACAGGAGUUCGUUGGUCUCUAUGAUCAGUUGGUUUAUCUCGACAUUUGGGACAUGACUAUUGCUGUUGAAAAUACUGAUGUUCAUCCCACUGAAGAUGUUGUGAGUACGAUGAUUCACACAUUUCUUGGAUAUUUCUGUGCGAAAUGAAUAUAGUUUAUUUUGGUUUUAGAUGUUGAGAGUAUUUAAUGAACAAACAUCAUUUCUAGAUUGAUCCUAUCCUUAAAUUUCGACUAUACCAUGGGCAGAAAUAAUGAAUAGAUAGAAUAUUCCAUUUCAUAGGUUAGUAAACUGAAAAAAAAUGAUUGAGAUUUUGUUGCGUAUAUCAACUUUCACGUGACAGUAUGGUCUUGUUGAGUGACAUCCGAUGCUCUUUGAGUCUGGGGUUAAGGGGUCUGAGGGUUCUCAAGUGUAUUGGUGGCUACAGAUGCAUAAAAUCUUGUAUAUACACCCUCUGGCAUUGGGACUUGCGCAGCUUGUGCCUCUUCCAUUAGUCCGUAGAUGUGUCUAGAUGGUCUUGCCGCUAGGAAAGGGGGAAUUUAUAUUGGCUUUGUUCUUGAUGAGGCGUAAAAGCGACAGGGCUUUGGUGGGGUAUGAUUGGCGAUGGGGUAGGCCAUGUUCUUGGUUCGGAGUUCUUGAGGAUUUUGUUGGUGGUUUUGGAGAUUAGAUGGGCAGGGUAACUGUAGAGGGAAGUAAAGGUUUUCGUCACAUGGUUCAGAUCAGAUGUUUCAGGGGAAGGCAUUGGGAUGGCAAAUGAAUUUGGCACUUCGGGUGAGGGUGCCGAUGAUGGCGCGAUGCACACACCAUCACAAUUCAGCCACUGAAUCUGUCGACCUGUAGAACGAUGUUCGGUGCUAAACGUAUAUUUCGACGUCUUCCAUUUCGGCGUUGUUGAAGAAAUCGUGAUGCUUCACUGAACCAGAGUCGCCGCCAGUUUCUCAGACUCCAUGCCCUUACGGGGCUGCUCCAUCGCAUACGAUGUCGUCGAUUGAAACGUCUCCCGAAUGACAGGGACAAAUACCGGUCUUCAGGGCCUUAUUCCCACCAAUCGCAGACGAUUCCUGAUUGUUUAGUCCGAUACGUUUAUACCCUCCUCAGGCCUGGCACAUGUCCUACCAACUCGAUGGAUGACAUAGGUGAAAGAACCAGAUGUAACGGAUUAUGCAGGGUGGUGCCUCUUGGUCUAUCACUUGUAAGAAGACCUUGGGUUAAACUGAGGCGUGCAUUCGGAUCCCAUAAACGAGAUAGGUGUACGUUGAAAUGACGUGUAGCCGCCGACUUGGACUCCCCAGCUUCAAGGCGUAAUGUGGCGAUGUUGUGAUAUGCAGCAUUCAGUCUCGGCAUUUUCCCGGUUCGAAACGUCGACAAACGUAUGUCAAAAUAUGAUUGACGUUUGACCUUUAUAAUCACUCUCACAGCACAUGAUUGUCAAAACUAUUACUUUCCUUUCCAUGACAUGCUAAUAUAAAGCUACAGACGUUUAAAACGGAUGCAUUUGUGCACUACACCAGUUAACGACUGUAUUUGUAUUUAAUGUUUCAUGAACAAACACCAUCAGCAUUCUCAUUA